AUGCAUGUACUUCUUGGGUUGGCAGCUGUAGUUUCUUGGGUCAAUCCUUCUCUUUUAAGCCUUUCUCUUGAAUUUUUUGCCUUUCCUGAGUACACCAGGUUAUCCGCUACAACCAAUUGUUUGGAUAAUAUCGCUACUCUACGAGGAGCGCAGCCAGCUAUCCGAAUUGGGGGUACCACUCAAGACCGUGCAACCUAUGAUCCAACAUUGACGCAACCCGUCAAUUAUACUGUUGCCAGUCCGGUCGAUGCCCCUGCUUCUCUCACUUAUGGACCUGCAUUCUUUUCCCUAGCAGCGCAACUAAAAGGAGAAGUCACCGUAGGCCUUAAUCGCCAACUCAACAACCAGACUAACAGCCUUGAGGGCGCCGAACAAGCUCUAAGAACUAUGCCAAAUCUAUUGGCAAUGGAGCUCGGAAAUGAACCAGAGUUCUGGGCUUCCACAUCCCCGAUCAUACCUUCAGGGACCACAUGGACGCCGACAACAGAUGGAGAAAGCCAGAAACUCUGGUUCACCGAUUUCGCGCCAUCUAUCGGGAAUAUGUUCCAAGCGGCAGUUUAUCUCCAGUAUCCUACUUGGAGCACGGCUGGAAUCAUUCCGUUGCUCGAGUCGGCUGUCACUUAUGUGAAAACCUUCUCCGGCCAUUCAUAUCCCCAGUCCGCAUGCGGAGGUGCAAGUACGAACCUGACGCAGUUGAUGAGCCAUUCCAAGGUCUAUUUCCUCGGCGAGACUAAUUCUGCUACUUGCGGGGGUGGUGGAAUAAGUCCCAUGUUUGGUGCAGGCCUUUGGGUGAUGGACUAUGUUCUCCAAGGCGCUUUAAACAAUGUCGACCGUCUUUAUUUCCACCAAGGAACUAUUGCAGCUUGCCCCUAUUGCUUCUGGGGAAAUGAUUCCGUGGCCGCACCAUACUAUGGAGCGGUUUUCGUUUCCGAUUUUCUUGGUACAGAUGGAGUAGAGCUCGCUAUGCUUGACGAUGGAACAGGCCCCAUAGGAAUUUAUGCGGUUUAUUCUGCAAAUGGUGCACCUCAACGCUUGUUGGUUUACAAUUCCAACUAUUACGAUGGUACCGGGACGCGAACAAACACAUCAGUUACUUUCAGUGGCUUACCUUCCUCGACCUCAUUGGUAAAUACUAAGCGGAUGACGGCCCAAAAUGCGACCGCCAUCAUCGGUGAAGGUGGCAUCGUGACAAUCGGAGGCGAUGGUACUUUCGACAGUUCGUGCCAACUUGUAGGAGCACAGUCUCUCGAGCAAGCGGCUGUCAGUGGAGGCACCUUCAAUGUGUCUGUUGCAGCGUCUGAAGCGUUGAUUGUAUAUUUGGGAUAA